AUGCUUCCUUUAUCAGCGCGCGCCCUUCCGGGUGCCCUCCAUGCACGACCACGCUUGGUCUCAUCGAUUCCUCGAAUCCAACUAGUUGCACAUCUGUCAACUACCCCCAAUCAAUCGGCCACAGCGCUUGAGCACAAAGGACAUUCGGGUCAGCCGCUGACUGCUUCUGGAAAGAUACGGAAGGAGGUACCUCUACCGAGCCAGGAGAAGAAGGAGGGUGCGAUGCAAUAUGUGCUGACUACCUUGGACCAAGUUGCGAAUUGGGCACGUCAGAGCUCUCUUUGGCCUAUGACUUUUGGUCUUGCCUGCUGCGCUGUCGAGAUGAUGCAUCUGUCUACCCCGAGAUAUGAUCAAGACCGCCUAGGGAUUAUCUUUCGAGCCUCUCCUCGCCAGUCAGAUGUUAUGAUCGUCGCUGGCACGUUAACGAACAAGAUGGCACCCGCUCUUAGGCAGGUUUAUGAUCAGAUGCCCGACCCACGUUGGGUUGUUAGCAUGGGCAGCUGUGCAAAUGGUGGUGGCUACUAUCAUUACAGCUACUCCGUUGUUCGUGGGUGCGAUAGAAUCGUCCCUGUUGAUGUAUAUGUUCCUGGAUGCCCACCGACCUCCGAGGCAUUGAUGUACGGAAUUUUCCAACUCCAGAAGAAAAUGAGGCACACCAGAAUCACACGCAUGUGGUACAGGCGCUAG